AUGGUGCUCGAAGUAUCCACGCGCUGGAUCGCGUACGGGAAAAAGUAUCCAAUGACCCUUCUCAACAUGAUCGACCUCGUCCUCGUCUUUUUCUGCGUCGUGACCCUCAUCUUCGUCUUUGCCAGCCCAUGCGGCGAAGGGACUAGGAGGGAGGAAGUCCUCGACACCAUCCUCCUCGUCAUCCGUAACGGUGUACAGUUCCUCCGUCUAGGUAACAUCCUGCGCCGGUCUGGCCACUCGCUAUUCAAUCCACCGCGUCCUAUGGAUCUGUCGCAAGCGCGUUCGGCCUCUGUGGGAAUGGACUUUGACGUUGAUGACGAGGAGGUUGCGGCCGAGCGCGCUCUUCGCGCGGGACACAUUGGGGGAGGAUACCAGCCAGUCUAUGUCGAUGAACCCCGCCACGACCAAGUAGGAGAGGACCGUGUAGCGUGGAGCCGUAGUUAG